CAGCUCCGCAAGCACUGGAUCAUUCCAUUCUGAAGAAAGCGACUCAGUCCACAAGUAUAUCGAGGGAAUAACACUGUGAAGGAUUCUGUAUGGAGAUGUAUCUUACAGUCUUCUUCCUGACCACUCUUCUGAUCCUCACACUGCCAGGUAUCCAUGGUGGCAAAGUCCUAAUGUUCCCAUUGGAGGGCAGCCAUUGGGUGAACAUGAAGGUUCUGAUUGAGGAGCUGCAUGCUAAGGGCCACAGUGUCACAGUGGUGCGAGCAUCAAGCAGCUGGUACAUUGAGGAGACGUCCCCUCACUACACCUCAGUCACAGUCCAUGUUGAAGAGAGACGUGAUGAUGAAGAGGUGUACAGCACAUUUGUGUCUAGGUUACUGCAGAUACAAAGAGAGGGUAGAUCUGCGUGGACUCUUUUCAAGGUGCAAAUGGAGAUAGGUAACAUGUUAAAAGAGAUGCAUGAAAACAUAUGUGAAAUGGUGGUCCAGAUGUUUGAAGAUCAGAGCUUGAUGCAGUCUCUACGUGAUGCUCAGUAUGAUUUGGUUCUUACUGAUCCAGUAUUCGGUGGUGGGAUUCUCUUAGCACACUACCUUGGUCUUCCCCUAGUUUUUAAUGUUCGAUGGACAAUACAUGGAGAAGGCCACUUUGCAAUUGCUCCUUCACCACUGUCUUAUGUUCCUUUUCCAGCGGCAGAGUUAACCGACAAUAUGAGCUUUCUCCAGAGGGUCCAAAACUUAUUCGUACAAAGUCUUUUUUGGCUUCAUGCAGCACUUAUUGUGAGCCCUCCUUAUAGUUCUUUAUGUCAUCGCUACUUUGGCCCUGGGGUAGACUACUUUUCGCUCUUUCAGGCAGCAGACAUCUGGCUCAUGAGGGUAGAUUUUGUCUUUGAAUUCCCACGCCCCACCAUGCCUAAUGUUGUCUAUAUGGGUGGAUUCCAGUGCAAGCCUUCCAAGCCCCUUCCAGAAGAUCUGGAGGAGUUUGUUCAGAGUUCCGGAGAGCAUGGUGUCAUUAUUAUGUCUUUAGGCACAUUAUUCGGUCAGCUGCCACAUGAUCUAGCUGAGGAGAUAGCUGCCGCUUUUGCUCAGCUGCCUCAGAAGGUCAUUUGGAGGUACACAGGGGAUAGGCCAGCUACCCUGGGUAACAACACCCGAUUGGUCAACUGGAUGCCACAGAAUGACCUUCUGGGACAUCCCAAAACCAGAGUCUUUGUAGCCCAUGGGGGAUCCAAUGGAAUUCAAGAGGCUAUUUACCAUGGUGUUCCAAUAGUUGGCCUUCCACUGUUUUUUGAUCAGCCUGAUAACCUUUCCAGAAUGAAAGUGAAGGGAGCAGCAAAGGUCUUGGAUUUUGUCACGUUGAACAGACACAUUUUUCUCCAGGCCUUACAGGAAGUGCUCCAUGACCCAUCCUAUAGGAUGAACAUGCAGAGACUCUCCAGGCUGCACCGGGAUCAGCCAAUGAAACCACUGGACCUCGCCCUCUUCUGGAUUGAAUUUGUUAUGAGACACAAAGGUGCUGCUCACCUGCGCACAGAGUCCUAUAAGAUGCCCUGGUAUGUGUACCACUCUGUGGAUGUCAUAGCAGUCUUGCUAGCUCUUAUCUUACUCAUCUUAAUCAUUGUCAUUGCUGUUAUCAGAUAUCUGUGCUGUAAGUUGUUAUGUAAAAGAAAAAUAAAACAUGACUAAUUCUUAAAGGCAGAAAAUCACGCAUUUGUAUCUAAGGUGUUAGCAGUUGUGUUGCUUGUCUUACUUAAUAUUGCUGCUGUUAUCAGAUUUGUCUGCCACAGGGUGUGCAAUAAAAGAACAAUAAAACGCCAAUAUUCAUACACCUUUUGUAUAUUUAUACCUGUAAAAAAUAGAAUAAUGAAACUUUCAGUUCAUGCCAGGAUUAUACUAUGUUCGCAGAAGUU